AGCUGAUGCAACAAAGAGCGACCAGUAUAAAUACAGCCGGCGAGAGGGAAAAGACACUUCAACCUCUUGCAUUCAUGGAAGGAGCAACGAAACACUCUGUGGAGAAGGUGGGCGAGCUCUCGGUGAACUACUCGCAGGAAAUAACGUUAAAAUGGUCUACACUUACGCACUGGUGUUCGGUAACGGGAUGUCCGUCAGGUGCGAGCAGGAAAACCUAGUAGAGGGUUUGACGUUUCAACAAUACUUCAAAUCAGACAAAGAGAAACUGAAGCACUGCGGCAGACUAAUGAAAGCACAAAGUUCAUCAAGUCUGGGAUCUGAGAGCAGUUUGGAAGAGGAGGAAGGCGAAGGUGUGUGUCUUCAGCUUGAGCUCUCCAAAAGCAUUGAGAAGUGUCUCUUUGAUGCCAAAAGGGCAAGUUUGCGCUGCCAGGAGCUUCGUCUGCCCAGGCGCAUGACCGCGCGUGUUGCCAGAGACAUCCUGCGCGCAUCCAUGAAUGAGCCGUGCGGGAUACGUGGCGCCUUGACCCACAUGUUCAUGGAAAGCAAGGGUACAUUACUGAAGCUGGGCACCGUGACACCCGAUCAGAGUCUCACACCCACCUUUGAGCUGUCGGUAAUCUUGCAGUCUGACCUGAACGGUUGGCCACCGCUAAAGAUCUUUUUUGAAGGCGGGAAAGUCUUAAGCAUUAAACGAGAAUACCGGCUGAUCAAGCAAAAGCUCUACUCAUCCGCUGCUCCUACUGUACUGGAAUUUUAUUGAGACUGAUUGACAUGUUUGGGGGGUUGCUACAAAAUUCAUAGGAAAGUUAGUCUUGCACAGUAUUUUUUACUGUGACUUUCAUUUAUUUCUGAGUGCACUGAAUGAUCUUAAACUUGUGUAAUGCUGUAUAAUAACUGUCUAGAAAAACAUUAACAAAUAUUUAAGCAAUAUCACAAGCACGUGAGUAUGGAAGCACAUUUAUGCCACAUAAAAAAAAUUGUACGUCGGUAAGUCAGAAUUAUUAGAUAGUAAAGUAAUUUUUAUGACAAAGUCAUAUGUGAUGUCAUAACUUAUCUCAAUUAUAAUUUUGAAUAUAAUUCUGACUUACUGUAUCAUAAUUUUAACUUCUCAUAUAACAGUCAUUAGAAUUCAUAUCUCAGAAUUAUAACUCUGAAUCUAAUAAUUUUGACUAUCUCAAUUCUGACUUUGAAAAAAAUCUUAAUUAUAAUCUCAUUUGACUUGCUAUCUCAUAAUUUUGACAUAAAUCACAAGAAUUAGUUACUUUAAAAUUGACUUAUCUCAAAAUAAUAACUUUGGAUCUAAUAAUUAUGACUUAGUAUCUCAUAAUUGACUUCUCAUAAUGACUUGCUAAUAAUUUAUAUUUUACCUCAUUAGGACUUAUCUCACACAAGUUCUCAUAUAAAUGUCAAACAACUUUGUAUCUCACUAUUAUGACUUCUCUUAAAAAAAAAAAAAAAAAUUAUGACUUGACUUAGUAUCUCAAUAAGACUUACCAAAGCACUUUUUCAUGUCACAGAAAUGGGCUUUCGUACUGGUACUUUUAAACAGAAUUUUGCUCUAUACUGAUAUUGCUCUUAAUAAAACUGUUGUUGCUGUUGUAUAAAAUUGCACUAUAUAAUGCCUAACAGAUCAUUCAUAUACAUUCAAAUAGUUUGAAAUAUGAAAAUCUUGAUACUGAUAUUUUCCACAUAUGAUCUUGCAUUCUAAAACUACUGAAAGUUAUUCUUAAGCGUUACCAUAUAUUGAAUUAUGUAAAAGACUGUUUUGCCACUUUAUAUAUAAAAUAUAUAUAUUUGUCAGAUUACACCCACUGUUCUGUGUAACAUAAGAUGUUAAAUAUGACUUUGAAGGGUGUUACCACUACAGAAUGUUCAGUUUGGAUUCUUCAGCAUUGUUUGCAUUGAUGUUCAGGUAUGUAGGAGGGUUCAUAUAGGAAUCAUUCCACCACAGUAUAUGUUGACACCACUGUAAGUUAUCUUUGUGUUUUGUAGCUUUAAAAGAAAAGGGACAUGCUGGCAUUGUCCCUCAGUAAACCAAAACUACUGAAUCAUUUGUAACAGUAUUUUUUUUUUUUAAAGCACAACAAUAUUUUAAUAAAUUAUUCUUAAACUUACCACGGUCUACAUGAACAUAUUGUUUGAACUGGAACACAAUUAUAAUUGCAGACUCUGUUUUAUUAAAACAUUUCACAACACUCAAAAACACUGUACACAGAAGACCCUGUACAAAACUAUGUUCUUUCUAAAUGCACAGAAGUCAAAUUAAGUUCACUUUAAGCAUAAAGCUGACUGAAAAACAAAACCCAACAAAAUGAAUCUAGUACAGUGGGCCUUUAAACUGUCAUCCAAAGUUCAGUGUCUGUUCUGCCUAUGCAAAAAAAAAAAAAAAAGUUUCAAGAGGGUCAACUUCAUCUCUAUAGAAGAAAAAAGCUUUUUUAUUUAACCACUCAUCACUGUUCAUCAGUUCUCAUCAGCUAACACAUGACAAAGUGUUGCAAUAAGGCGAUAAUCUUUGUCUUGAAUAAUGGGGUUGUAAAGUUUCAUUCUUGUAAGAAAGUGACAUUCUCAUUUCUAACCAUCCAGUGGUUAUGAUGGUGGUACAUUCCACAUUAACCUUAAGAGGCCAGUUGUGAAACAUCUGCAAUAAAUAGUUUUUGACUUUUAACCAACUCCUCUAAAGUCAAAUGCACAAGUGCUGGUCAGUUUGACCGGUCCUGUAAGUCAGAGGACACAAGACCAUUUUUUCAGGGCUAUUCAUGAACUAGAGUGUUCUGGAAAGAUGUUUUCCACAUGAAAAAUUUGGAGGGUCACGCCCUUAAAACGUCUCCAGUCAAGAAGAAAAAUGUCCUGUUUGUAUCCUCUGUGUCCAGUGUCCUUUUGUCCAUAUUCUGAGAAUGACACUGCACCUUUAAGAACUGCUGAAUUAAACCAAACUAAACUUAACCAGAACUUCUUAAAGAAACAGCUAAAUAUAGCCUAUUUUAACUUCUGUGACAGCAGCAGUGAAAUGUCUUGGUUCACUUUUUCAUCUUCAUAUCUGCCUCUAUUGCACUGCGGCGCCCUCUGGUGCCUCCGUCCUGUAAAAGCAGAAAAGCCAGUCAAAACACAGUUUAUCACCCAGUGCCCUAACACACCAGACCAUCAGUGCCAGGGUCGGAUUGUCCAUAGAGAGAGGCAGGACUUUUCUCUGUGGGCCACUAUCAGGCUGAUGCACAUUAUGAUAUAAAUAUAGAUUAAAAUAACCAUUUAAACAAAUCAUUGCCCUUUAAAACAACAUAUUAUUAUUAGGGCUGUCAAUGAAUUACAAUUGUUAAUUGCAUUAAUUACAUCGUAUGCUGAUUAAUUAAUCAAUUUAAUCGCAUCAAUAUUUGCAGAGAAAGGCCCUCCAAAUAAAAACAAUUUAAUGCAUAAUGAUUAAAUAAUUAUAUUUGAAUAAUUAUAAAUAUAAUAAUUAGGAUAAAUACAUUACUAUUGUAGACAAGCAAAACAUUAAUUAGACAACACACAAAGUUGCAAUAUAUUUUUUAUUUCCUUAUCAAUGAAAAUAAGCCUAUCAGUGGCCUACAGUCCACAUCAAUCCAUUUUGUAAUUAAAUUCAUCAAUCUGUCCAAGAUUUAUUAUAAGGGCUUUUCUAAAGACUACAUACAUCAGAAGGAUGCUUUUAAAGGGAUAGUUCACCCAAAAAUGAAAAUUCUCUCAUCAUUUACUCGCCCUCAUGCCAUCCCAGAUGUGUAUGACUUUCUUUCUUUUGAAGAACACAAACAAAGAUUUUUAGAAGAACAUUUCAGCUCUGUAGGUCCAUACAAUGCAAGUGAAUGUUGGCCAGAACUUUGAAGCACCAAAAAGCAUAUAAAUGGUCUGGGAUUGCAUGAGGGUGAGUAAAUGAUGAAAGAAUUUUCAUUUUUGGGUGAACUAUCCCUUUAAAGCGUCUCACUUUGGUUGUACUGCGUCAUAAACAAAACAUUUUUAGGUCACUGUGUUUAAGGUAAUCGUGGUUUGAAACUUAAAAAAACACGUUUCGAGAUCCCUGCGUUCCGAGUUGCACUUCAUCCAGCGGUGUUUGAAUGCAAGAACGCGUCCUCAUCUUGUGCUGUCUGCAUCAGUGUGGUUUGCUGCUUGUUCAGCUGGAGUUUUGCUUACUGCCCCCUGAUGAUUGAGAUGAAGGUGGUACUUCAAACUUGAAUUGCUCUGAUGGUAGGAAAUUCCUUAUUACGGUUUGGGGUCAUGAUUGUGUACAUUUUUUAAAGUUUUACUUUUUUUAUAUAAUCAAUCACACUGAAUGAAAGCAUUGACUCUACAUCCCUAAUUAUUAUUAUACAAUAGAUGUAAUAUAUAUAUAUAUA